UAAACAGGGUAAGCAGCUCCAUUUCACUUACCGAAUAACUGAAUAUAUUUUAAUGAGAAAACAGAACAAAUUUUACAUCACGACCGCGCCGCUUUUAUAUCUGAAAUAUGGCAUCUGGAGGCACUCUUUUGACGCCGCCGACUCCGAAUCAAAUUUUGUUUGCGCGAAACUUUCUUCUGGCUGUGAACAAAAAUAAAGAGUUACAGGCUCAGAACUUAAUUAUAUCACCCGCGGGAGCACGCAGUGCCCUGACUCUUGUAUUCAUGGGCGCAGGCGGCAAGACUGCCGACGAACUGCGCUCAGGGCUGAUGUUGGGACCUGCUAAGAAGAUUGCAAUCGCCAAACAACAUGCCGAAUUCAUAAGUAAUGAUUGCGUGUGCAACGAAAAGGGAGUCUCAAUACGCCUUGCCACUGGACUCUACGUUAGGCACGAUCAGGACGUGCACCCCGAGUUCGUAGCACAGGCAGAGGAAUUUUUCAAUACUCAAGCAAAUACGUUAAACUUUGUGGAUGCCGUAGGCUCAAUGCAUCAAGUCAAUUCGUGGCUGCAGCGGCAAACCUUUAAUACUGUCUGCAAUUUGCUUACUGCGGAUGCGUUCAGCUUGGAGUCGAAGAUUUUUUUAGUCAACACGCUUUAUUUCCGUGCCAGGUGGGCCAAAAGCUUUUCCGUACAGAACACUGAGUUGGGUGACUUCACGAUAAGCUCAGCACAGAAAAUGCAGGUUCCCAUGAUGCGACAGAUCGGCGAGUUCCGCUUUGGCGAGUCUAAGAAGAUGAACGCGCGCAUACUCCAGCUACCCUUUGAAGAGUCGGACUUAAAUCUGCUUCUGAUUGUACCACUGGAAGAGAUGGGAAUUUCGAAACUGGUAUCAAAGUUAGAGAAGAUGGACCUCAACGAAGUAGCUCUCAAGUCAGUGAUGCAUGAGGUUGAUGUAACUGUGCCACGCUUCAAGAUCGAGUGCGAUGUGGACCUGAAGAAGCCGCUGCAGAAUCUGGGAGUAAAUCGCGUCUUCACGAAUGCAGUCGCCGAGUUGCCUGGACUGUUUGCUAAGAAGUCGACGCAUGCUAUUACUGAGGCCAGGCAAAAACUCUUUCUGAGUGUAAACGAGGCUGGCUGCGUAGUUGAUGAUGGCGAAUCCCCUAAAGUGCGUACUUUCAAAGCCAAUCCGGAGCGCAAAGUCUUUGUAGCGAAUCAUCCAUUUGUGUUUGCUAUACGAAACAAUAAGGCUGUUUAUUUUGUCGGUCAUUUUGUCAGACCCUGAUUAGCUCGAGCGCAUCGCGUAAUUUACAAAUAAAUCCAUGAAAAGUCUAUGAAAGGAAUUGCAAAUUUAUUUUUCUU